GGAGGGAGGAGGGGGCGAGGAGGGGACUGCACCUGGCCGCCCCCGCCCCCGGCGUCCCGGCCCGCGCGUGGCCCGCAACCCACGGCCGCUCCGCUCUGCCAGCCCCGGCGGGGGGCCCAGGGGGCGGCGGGUCCCGAGUGGCUCCGGGCCGAGCGAGCCCGGCCGAGCCGCUCCGGCUUCUUUGUCUGCGGGCGGCCGCCCGGGCCGCGGCCCCGGGCCCGGGCUGGAGGAUGAGUGUCUAGCCGGUGGCCGCUGGGCAGCCGGGGAGCGGGAGGCUGGGCUUCGGGCUCCGAGAGUCUGAACAUCGCAUCCUGUCACAUCAGCCUGUGCUUUUCUACCCCUCCUACCCAGGAGGCACUAGGUGUGGGUUGGCACCCGCCCCCACCCUGCAGUGACCAUGGAUCCUGGAGCUGGAUCCGACUCAUCUCUGACUGUCAAUGAGCAGGUAUCUUCUGGGGUCAUUGUGAUGUCAGGCCACGAGACCAUCCGAGUAUUGGAAGUUGGAGUGGACGCCCAGCUCCCAGCUGAGGAGGAGGGCAAAGGCCUGGAGAAUGUGGCAGCUGGUGGCUCCCAGAGUGGAGGCCCCACCGAAGCCAGCGGACCUGCCGGUGAAGCUGGCUCCUGUGACCUGGACCAUUCUGCAGAGACAACUGGGAAGUCGCUGCCUGGAAUCCCUCCGAGUCCCGCCCCGGCCAUUGCCACCUUCAGCCAAGCCCCAAGCCAGCCUCAGGCCUCACAGACCCUGACGCCGCUGGCCGUACAAGCUGCCCCCCAGGUCUUGACUCAGGAAAGCUUAGCCACAGUUCUGACAGGAGUUAUGGUCCCAGCAGGGGCUGUUACUCAACCUCUUCUUAUCCCCAUCGGUAUUACAGGUCAAGUGGCUGGGCAGCAGGGGCUGGCCGUGUGGACAAUCCCUACAGCAACUGUGGCUGCCCUCCCCGGACUGACCGCGGCCUCUCCCAUGGGGGGAACUUUCAAGCCACCUUUAGCUGGUCUCCAAGCAGCUGCCGUGCUGAACACCGCCCUCCCGACACCUGUACAAGCUGCCCCACCAGUCCAGGCCUCCUCGCCCGCCCAGCCCCGGACCCCAGUUCAGUCCCAGCAGCUGUUCCAGACCCAGCCGCUGCUACAGACCACGCCUACCAUCCUCCCACAACCCACCGCUGCAGCUGCCACCGUUGCUGCCCCCACCCCCAAGCCAGUGGACGCCAACCCGCAGAUCACCGUCCAGCCUGCAGGCUUCGCGUUUAGCCCAGGGAUCAUCAGUGCAGCCUCCCUCGGAGGACAGACACAGAUCCUGGGCUCCCUCACUACAGCUCCGGUUAUUACCAACACCAUUCCCAGCAUGCCCGGGAUCAGCAGUCAGAUCCUCACCAAUGCUCAGGGGCAGGUUAUUGGAGCACUCCCGUGGGUAGUGAACUCAGCUAGCGUGGCCACACCAGCACCAGCGCAGAGCCUGCAGGUCCAAGCCGUGACUCCCCAGCUCCUGUUGAAUGCCCAGGGCCAGGUGAUUGCAACCCUAGCCAGCAGCCCCCUGCCUCAACCUGUGGCUGUCAGGAAGCCAAACACACCGGAGUCCCCUGCUAAGAGUGAGGUGCAGCCAAUCCAGCCAACACAAGCCGUGCCCCAGCCGGCUGUCAUCCUCACCAGCCCGGCCCCAGCACUCAAACCAUCAGCCUCAGCUCCCAUCCCAAUCACCUGCUCAGAGACCCCGACCGUCAGUCAGUUGGUAUCAAAGCCGCACACUCCAAGUCUGGAAGAGGACGGGAUCAACCUAGAAGAGAUCCGGGAGUUUGCCAAGAAUUUUAAGAUCCGGCGGCUCUCCCUGGGUCUGACGCAGACCCAGGUAGGCCAGGCUCUAACGGCGACAGAAGGGCCAGCCUACAGCCAAUCGGCCAUUUGCAGGUUUGAGAAGUUGGACAUCACACCCAAGAGUGCCCAGAAGCUGAAGCCGGUUUUGGAAAAGUGGUUGAUGGAGGCGGAGCUCCGGAACCAGGAAGGCCAGCAGAACCUGAUGGAGUUUGUGGGCGGUGAGCCCUCCAAGAAACGCAAGCGGCGUACAUCCUUCACACCGCAGGCCAUAGAGGCUCUCAACGCCUACUUUGAGAAAAACCCCCUGCCCACCGGCCAGGAGAUCACCGAGAUCGCCAAGGAGCUCAACUAUGACCGGGAGGUGGUGAGGGUCUGGUUCUGUAAUCGACGCCAGACACUCAAGAACACCAGCAAGCUGAAUGUCUUUCAGAUCCCUUAGGGCUCAGUGUUCCCGCACUUUGUGCUCUUCCCACAGCAGGCAGCUGGCGUCCACUGCAGUGGCUGCACCAAGUGAAGCUGUGCUUGCCCUAAGUUGUGAGACUCCACCUGUGCAUGUGUGUCAAUGCCUGCCUCUUCUGCCCACAGAUGUCAACCCUGGGGAGGCCAAGGGGCUGCAUGAGAGCCCUAGGCUCUGGGCUGGGCAUGUGGAAGGAGGAGGGGGUUUGUGGGGUCCUUAGAAAAGCACUUUGCCAAGGUGGUUUCUGAAGGGUGAGUUCUGGUCGUGAACCAGAAAGGCUCUGUGUUUGGGACAGGGCUGUAGCAACUCCUGGGAACAACUGUGUAGUAGCUCUUGUUUUGGGUGGCACCCUUUACCCAUCCCCUUGUUCCUCUGUGGUUGUGCCCAUGUGGAAACCCACCUGGUGGGACUGCACCCGCACCCUGCCUCCCUUACUCUGUAUAUGGCACACUGAACCCCUUAAAGGACUGAGGAGAUGGGAUCCAGGGGAGUGUGGUGUGCUGCUCAGACCCGCUGUCUGCCUCGAGGGCAGAAGGUUCCCAAAGUGACGUGGAGGGGUCGGAUGCCUGAGGUCCGGAGUUACACGAGGUCUUUCCCUGGGUCCUGCUGGUGCUAGGUUUGUGCUAAGUCAGAAUGUUCUCUUCUGCAAACCAAGUGGGAAGGAAGCAAGAGUGAACUCUCCCAUCCUGGAGAGUCUUAGGUCUGUGGCAGGUUCGGAAUUUAUAAAGUAAACAAGGCCAUCCACCCAGAUUUUAAUCUAAUCUAAAUGUGUGGCUGUCUUCUAACAUUAGAGCAUGCUAAAGUGUGGGAAAAUGUCCACUGCCCACUUACGCAGGCAGUGGCAGGGAGCACGGAUUCCGACUUUCUCCCUCUCUGUGCCCAUACCCAUCUCAGUCCAGGCCUGAGAUAUCUUCUGAGGAGCAAAUUGAACCAUAAGCCAGACAGCAAGGGACUGACGUGGGGGACAGUAUCCAGAGGGAUGAUUGUCCGGGAAGUUCUUAUUUUGAAGUCUUGUCCAGGCUGACUCAACUCUGGUUUUGUUUGUAACUUUAAGUCUUGGAGGUCUCCAAAGACCUCACUUUGUCCAGUUGUAGACCAAGUGUGUGUGUGAGCAACCCCCUAUCUGCACCACCUCUGAGCCAACAGUGCCCAGGUCAGGGCUUCCCUUGGUAGGUGAUGGCAAUCUGGGGCCUGGCAUAACAUCCAAGCCACCAAGCAGCUUCCAGCCACAGAGAGACUGGCCAGACUUUUCACUUCUGUGCAUUGGCUGGGGACUGUAGCUCAAUGGGAGAGACAGUUUGCAGCACUGAGGAGAUACUAGUAUUUGGUUUCAAACUGUCAGGAAAGGGCUGAGGCGUUUGCUUGGAUAGCCCCUUUACAAGCUGCAGGCAUCGGCUAUCUCACUACUUUUGGGAUUCUUGCUUGUUGGCUUUUUUUUUUUUUGUCUUGAGAUAGGAUCACACUUAGCCCAGGGCUAACCUCAAACUUGGAGUUGAAGAUGACUUGAUCCUCCUGUCUCUUCCUCCCAAGUGUUGGGAUUGCAGUCAAAUGCCCCUGGGCCUGGCUCUUGUCCACCCCAUAGCCUUACAGAGCCUGCUCUCUGGCUGAUGUCGACAUCACAUGAUCUACCUUGAGGGAAUGACUCUCAAACAAGGACACGAUGCCAUCUCCACUGGUCCCAGUGCAGAGACACCAGGGCCCAGCUUCCUCUCCUGAACUCUGUUCCAUUUCCUGAUGACUGCUAGUCCCUCUUAGGUCCUGCAGUGCCAGUGCGGAGGACCUCCUAGUAGCUCUGACACUGAGAGGAAGAGAGGGCAGUUGUGUGCUGAUUACACACACACACACACACACACCACUGCAUUCCUGGUCUGUCAGGUAUAAGGAGACAAGCAGGCAGCUUCCCUGACCCUGCCUCCCAAGAAUAUGUUCCCAGAGCAUUUCUAGGUCAUGUGGUUAUCAGCCUGCUGCCGUAAGAUGGGGAAUCAGGAGGGGCCCUGUAAGAAAGCUUUCAGUAGGGAUGCUUAGAGUCCUGAACCUUAUCCAGGUGAUACACCUGAGAAAAUUAUGUGCAGCUUUUCCUGCUCAGAACCUGCACUCAGGAGGUACACAGUGCUGUGGACAUGGGAGAGGAUGCCAUCUGUUCUGCGCAUAACGGGAAAAAUAAAAUCAUGAACCGCUGGUCUAAAUUAAGCCUGGCCAUGCGUCCUCACCCCAUCCUUUGUCUAAAUCUGUCUUCCCAAGGCUGGGCUAGAAUGAACCAUUUUCUCCUGUGUUGGAAAGACACAUCGGUCUUUCUGAAGAAUGGUCCUGGAGCCCAGAUGUCUGCAGACUUGUCAAGUAAGGGAUGCAAGUGUAUAAAGUGUACCCAAAGUGGGGUUCGCCUUGGCCUUUGAACUCUGCCCCUGCUCCCCAAACUGAGCCACUGAUCUACAGUCUCUGUUAUUCUGGGGAGCAUUAGACUCUUUAAAAAAGUGUUAAUAGCAGUUUUAUUUUAAAAGCACCUUCUUGGACAUAAGCCUGCACUCUUUUGCCCUGGAAAGGGGAGAAUGGGAGGAAGUACUUCGACUGUGUGGUUGGUUUGUUUUAAGUGGACGGGAAGCCAAGACUCUGUCUGGCCCUGCUGAUCAGCCGCGCCCUUCGGCCCUGCACUAUGGCACUUCACCCAAGCAAAGUCCACAGAAGAAACUGGUCACAUGAACCGUGAACACGCGCGCGUGAGUUUGGAAUGAGAACACCUGAAGUGUUCGCGUUCUUGAAAAUCCAGUCACCUUCCUAUGCCCGGGACUCCUUUCCCGCCUGCUGGGUGACAUCCCAACAGUCUCCCAGCAUGCGGCUCACUGCCCACUGAAAACUGGGAAGGAGGGUGGGGUGUACUGCCCGUACUGCCGUAGCGUGUGAAUAAACAGUAUUUUUGCUUUUGUA